CCCAAGGCGGUCACUCGCCCCCCUCCGCACACAACUUUCGAUUCUGCCACUGGCCACGAUCUUCCCCAGACAUCAGUUUCAAUCAAUUCAGCCAACAUGUCGCACGCUCGCGUUGAGGAAGUCUCUGACUCCGACCCUGAGGAGGUCGCCCCCGAAUACGACAGCGACAGCGACCUCCCCGCCAAUGCCAUCAUCUCGCCCGCAAACAUCGCAAACCGGGCCCCAGCACCCCAACCGCAAGCUCAACCCCAGAUGCAAAUGCCUCAAAUGCAAGCCCCCGAACCACAGCGCGAGAUCCCAAGACACUUCUCAUGCCUGUACCCCGUUUACUUCGACAAGACCCGAUCGCGUGCCGAGGGCCGCAAAGUGGGCGCUGAGCUUGCGGUGGAAAAUCCUCUUGCUAGAGAUAUUGUCGAUGCUGUUCAGAUGCUUGGUUUGAAUGCUGGCUUGGAGCCGGAGAAGCUGCAUCCUAAGGAUUGGGCGAACCCCGGUCGUGUGCGUGUGCAGGUUAAGAAUGAGGAUGGGCAGCUGGCCAACUCCAAGAUCAAGAACAAGCACCACCUUUACAUUCUCGUUGCGCAGUACCUCAAGGCCCACCCGACCACCGAUCAGUCCCCUUACCGGUUACGCAUCCGUGGUCUGCCCAUGCCUGAGAAGCUUCCCGCUGCCCCGGCCGCCCCGCGGGGUUGGAAGAUCGGAAAGAUCCUGCCGAUUCAUUCCCCCGCCUACAGCGGCGGUGGCGUCAGCGAUAACCCGCUCAAGGAUGCGAUGGCCGAGAUGCAGAACAUGCAGGGAAUGCCUGGUAUGCCUUCUAUGCCUGGAAUGCCAGAUCUGAGCAUGUUGGGUCUGGGUGGCGGCGAGCCUGCAGGGCCAAGCGGUGCUGGCGGCGCCGAAAAGAAAAAGAAGGAAAAGAAGAAGGGCAAGGCGUGAUUCGGCAUUUCGGUUCUUUUUCUGUGUUCCACUUGCAUUGUACGGCGAUGGGCGUUGCUUCUUUUCACUUUUAUAUUUUAUGCACCCGAGGAUACUUAUUCCUUGAUACCACAGAUCUGCGAUCUGACCAUUGGGGUUCUAUAUACUCCGCUGGUGCACAUCAGAGCCGAUCUUGUACAUUCAUAAAUCCAUGCCCAACAGACAUUCUAUUUGUAGAUCAUGGUAG